GACACAUGGAGAGCUGGCCUUUCCCAGGAUAUCCAAACACCAGCGGCUGUACUGCGUAGCCGUGUCUUGUGGUGUUGUACAUUCUGCUGAAGAAGCUACAGGUCUUAGUCAAGCAUGUUAACAACUGAAUUUGUUGUCCUUCUACCGGUAUGUUUGGUGGCGCAUGCGUGUGUGGUCUCCAGUUUCUCCGGAAUGCCAAAAAGACUGCAAUAAAGUAGUAGACCUGAUGAAAGAGUUCUCAGCACCGGAACGUCAACGGGUGGUCCACACUGCCCAGGAUGUGGCACGAAUGCGCACAUCACAGACCGUCCUCGACAAGAGAAAGAAACUCAUCCACGUACCACAGCCAACCUCGCCUGUGAGCGUAGACUUGCUGAGCAUGCGGAACAUGGGAGAAGAACAACGGCAAGCGGCAUUGACUGAAAUCGACCGUUUGGCGUCCAACACUAUCAUCAUUGAUGACGUGAAGGACUGUGCAGAUGAGGCAGGGAAGUACCAGGGUCACGUGACACGGGCCGACGGCCGAGUUGAAAAAUCGCCAGCUGAUAUACAUAGAGAGUUAAGUAAGCACCCUUGUUUCAUCAGCAUGGGGUCUGCCAGGGAGGACCGCAGCAUUUCAGAGACCAAGCAGUACUUGAAGGAUACUGGCUUCAUUGACGAGAACACGGUCAUCACAGAGAUCACUGAAUAUGAACUUGUUCCUGUGACUAGGCUGGCCAUUCGUGACAGCAAACGACUGAAGUUUAAAGACGAGAGGUCGUCUAUAGUGAAGUUCAUCAUUGACUUUGAGUACAAUCACAAAGGCCGUCCAAGCUUCGUUGACAGAGUCGUACGGAACCUCCGCGCUCUCCUUGGUGAUGAGAGUAUCCACGCCGACAGCGUACACGGAGAGAGCGGAGGCACAGCGGUGUUUGUACAGAUGUCUGCCAAGGCUCAUGCAAGGCUCUGGGAGUUCUGUAAGGAUCAAUCUAGCCUGCUCGCUGGUCUGCACAUUCUCGAAGUGUCAACUGUGGACGGAGCGGUAGUCUUCACUUUGCGUCCCACGGCAUGCAGUGGCGAAGGUAUUUAUCCUGACGACCAGAAGCGCUUGGUUGAAGAGUUCUCCGGGAGAUUUCCAUUUUUGGACCGAGAUGUGCUGUCUGUCGCUGUGGCUGACCAACCGGAUGUUGAGCAUGCAGUGAUUGCAGCGACCAAGCUCGUCUUCGAUGAAGGCGAAGCAUGCUUGAAUGCACUGCCUGAGAUUCUUGGUGGUGUGGCGGCAAGAAAGGCAACUUCGACCCCUGCUCACAUUGGUCAUCCUGAACAGGCCAAUUCAACCCGUGUCUCUGCCAAUUCUGGACAUGCAGUAGAAAUCCAGGGAGCUGACAAUGAGCUGCCUCUCGGGCUGCAUCCAAAGCCCAAGUGGUCUUUUCGUGGCCGUCUACCUGAUAGCUGGCAAGGUUACCGUCGUUGUACCAUGUACAAUGGGCAUGCUUACAUUGUGUGCCAGGAAGAGGAGGAAGGACCAAUGAUCUACCGGUCUACUCAUUCUCUCAAGGAAAGUCUUCAGGUGGCAUGGACAAGAGUAAUCGCCAUUGACAACCCACACUUUUGGUCAUGCAGAAGAUUUUGCAUUCACAAUGAAAAAAUGUACUUUGGAAUUAUUAGUGAUAGGUAUAUCCCCAAAAUCCAUGUUGUAGAUCUACAGGGAAACUGUUGUACUAGAGAAAUACAAUGUGAUUGUAUGCCAGUACAAGAUACGAGUAUGAGUACAUCUUUCACGCAUUUAGGGGAUGUAUUUAUAACCCAGUCAGCGCUUCUAAUAGUAUGCUUAUGGCGCAAUCCUUUCUUAGAAGUUAUUUCAUUAGAUACCAGACAUGAUGGUGCAGUAUGGACAAAAUUGGAUCCGCUCCGCAUGCCGGAGCCGCCGGUCAGCAUCUGCAGCACUGACGAUACUCUGUUUGUGAUACCAAGGAGAGACCUCAAUGAUACGCAUUUGUCAAUCAUGAAGUUGGAUGUAAGUGAGGAAAGUCUGCGAAGGCCAUCAUGGCUCGAGAUCAAAGUGGACAUGACUCUUGAUGUAGAUGUAUUCCGUUGUGUUUUGGCUGCUGUGGGUAACACUAUAGUCAUGCCAAGCUGGUACUAUAGCCAUGAUGAUGGUAAAACUGUCAAUGGUGUCAUGUGUGUUGAUUGUAGUACGUGUAUCGGCCGGUGUUCUGUCUGGCCGUCGCCAUCCAGUACAUUAUUUGCCUGGCAGUUGAUGGUGGAUGGCGAUACGCUUAUUGCACUCUAUCAUGAUCACUCAGUGUAUACUCUUCAGCUACCUGACCAUUAAUUUGCAGACACUAGUGAUCGAUCGGCUUCUACAUGCAUGUAUGCCAAGGCGGUGUACAAUGUAGAUAUUCUGCUGCGGCUAGGUCAUGUGAUGGACAACUGGUGCACACUGUGGUUUUUGUGAUCCUGGGUUUUUUCGUUUGCACAUGCAUACCCUGUUCUACUGGGGACCCAUAUGCGUGAUGUGUUUGGUGUCCAGUUCACAUGCAUACCCUGUUCUGCUUGGGACCCAUAUGCAUGAUGUGUUUGGUGUCCAGUUCUUUCAGGCCAUCAUUCUACAUAGGCACUGUCCUGAAAUGCUUAUUGUCUAUGUACAUAUUAUACAUUAUGUUGGAGGCAUAUUAUAAUUAUAUAGAUAUUAUGUAUAUAGAAUGCUGUCCAUGGAUUGGAUAUGAUGUAUUAUAUAUAUAUACAUAGAAUAUUAGUUCUAAAACUCAACAGCUCUCUACACAUACAUACUCAUUAUAACUGUGUACAUAGUAGUCUUUUUUUGUCAGUGAUUGACAAAACCCCAUAGGUUGAAUUGGUCACCAGCCACAUUACUUCCUUCCUAGAAA